CAGGUGCAACGCCGACGAGCUGAGUACAGCACGGAGCCGGCGGGCCGAUCCAUCUGCGAGCGGAGCGCCGCCCGCCAUCCGACAGGCUUCUUCUCGGGCCGCAUCAACACAAAGGACAAGGUGGAGGUCCUGCACGGCGUGGUCGAGGCGCGGGUCAAGCUCGCGGACCGGAACGACUACUCGUGGAGCGCCUUUUGGGCGCUCGGCACGCAGGUCGGCUCGCGAGGGUGGCCCUUUUGCGGCGAGUCGGAGAUCACCGAGAUGUGGACGACGUCGACGCAGUGGUCAAAGUGGAAGGACGGAGUGGGAGACGCGAUGAGGCCCGCCUUCACCCUCCACUCCUACCACUCCGUCCCGGGCGACUUUGCCGCGGCGAGGGCAAACAAGCAAGCCUGGGUGUCCUACAACGAGGGCGCCUACGCCGACGGCACGUACGACCCACACGGCUACAACGACUACCGCUGGGUGAAGAUGCCAAACAAGAUCGCGUGGUUCGUCAAUGAGAGGCCUGUCGCCGAGGCGUGGAACGGGGGCGGGCAGGUGCGGAUGCGGAUUCACAAUGGGAGAUGGUGGGGCGGCGAGUUCGGGGACGGGCUCUGGGCUCCGUUUGACGACCCGAGGAACCCGAUGUUCCUCAUCUUCAACCUGGCGUUCGGCUCCGGCGUGUCGCUCGGCGGUGCCAAGGACAUCAACCGCUUCCGGAAGAAUGGGGAGCUAGACCGCGCCAGCAUGGAGUACGUGCGCGUGUGGGAGGUGGCGUCGUAAGUCAGUAGUAAGUAAGGGGUAUAGGUGGUGGCAUGCGCAUGGUUGAUUACAUACCGUACUGUU